AUGUAUUAGCAAUAACCUCCAUAUUAAAAACCUUCUAAAUAAGGUGGCUUAUAUUCCCUUAAUUUAGGAUAAAAUAAUGGACCUUAUUUAACUAAAGACAUUAUGAUAACAAAUCAUAAAAGUCUUUAGCUUUUAAACGGUAAAGAUGAAGUUGCCAAGAGUGCAGCCAGCAUUCUUUCAGGAGUUGGAACUUCUAUUUUAAAUGCUCCAACAGUAAUAUAUGAACCUCCUGAUAUUUAUGAUGAAAGAACAUAAUAAUUUACAAAUUAUGAUGAAAGGUAUCAAAGUAAACUCUCAGCAUCUGAUAGUAUGAAUAGCGUAACUUAGCUUAUUAUGGAACGAGUUUCAAGAGCGAAAGAGUCUUCAAAAGAAUAUGAGGAAUUAGCUAACGAGUACAAAAGAGAUUUAGAAAAUAUAUAGCAUACUAUACAUAAUAACAAUAUCAACAAUAUAAAAGAAAUAUAACCGAUGCUUAGAGAGUUUCACUAAAGAUUAAAAGAAAGGCUUUAAGAAGAAAAAAACGAAAACUAUAAAUUAUAAAGAGAACUAGAGUAACUAAAUAGAGAUAAACUAUAGCUCUAAUAAUAACUGUUAUUUUGCAGUAAACGUGUUUAAGAUUUGCAAAAGUAUACAGGUAUUUUAAAUGUAGAACCUUAGUAUAAUGAAGGUAGUGAUGAUGAAGAUUAAGAAUCUGAUAAUGAUUGA